GGUAUGACGUCAGGUAUUAAAGAUGGCGGUGAAUUUAAGCACCUGAGUCAAUGACCUGAGUGGACUGUGGUCGGUGGACGUGCGAAGUCACAGAUAAAUUGUAAAAAGUCGACUGUUAUUGUUUGUUGUAUUGUUCUAAAAAGUCAAUCUAACUACAUCAGCCUUCACUAUUGGAGAUUUAAUAUCUGAAACAGAAAAUUCAAAGAUUUAUGAUAUAAUUCAUUCUCAAGUUUCAAGUUUAAGAGCCAAUAUGCAAGACAGCAAGAGAGACCCAACUCCCAAGAUUCUAAGACGUCAGCCCAAAAUAAUGAAAACAGUUGCCACUUUUUUACAAUUUCCACGUAAUGUUCUUGCAACUGGCCUAUCUAUAUCGUCGCGGUCAAGCGCAGUAACCAAAGCAGAUCUCUGGGAAAGACGAGUCAACACAAGUAUUUGGCUUUUACAGAAUAAACCUUGUAAAUUCUUCACUUCAAGUGGUAAUUGCUCAGAGCUGAAGUCUCGAGCAAGGAGUUCAAUGAUCUUGUACACUGCCAGUUCUGGUGAUGAAAAGCUCGUUGCAGUUUCACCUGAUAAAAUUAAGCUUGUACCGACUUCUUAUAAAGCAGUCGUAGUUUUAGAUCCAUACCCGUUAUCAAGCUUUGGACAUCCUGUUUUGGUGUUCUUCAUUGAACCCUCAACUCAAUCUGAUUGCAACUCAAACAGAAAGUCAACUUUUACUCAUGGUGAGUGUGUUACAAUUGCUCAAAAAAGUCGUCGAUGUACGAACCGACUUCAGCAAGACCGGAGAAGAAAAAAGAGAUGUGACAUAAACUUUAUUCCAUCCGUCUUCACAAAAGUAGGUCGUCAAACAUCGACAUUGAAACAGCUUCUCCGUUGUGAAUCGAUUGUGCCCGGAUUUGCUGCUUGUCCCACUUCACUGACCUUACAUCCACUGGAUGAAAAAUGUUUGAACACCAAACGUUGUUCGACGACACCGAUGUCAAUCCGACAAAGAAAUUGCAUCGAGACCUGCGACUACGCUGUGAUUCUCUCCGGUGGUUUUAACGAACAUACAGCGACUAUGAAGUCAAAACAUAACAUCAAGACCAUGUGGCGAUAUCUCAGAAAAAAUCAUUUCAAACAUGAAAAUAUUGUAACAUUUGUUGGGAGCAGAUACUAUAUUGAACUUGAUGGUAACUCGAACACAAAGGAUAGCGUGCAAGCAGAUAGUGAGUUUAGAAUACGGAGUCAAAUAAAAAACUUGUGCCUUUCAACCUGUGUGGAUUCAUUUGUCAUAUAUCUGAAUAAACCGACCAAAAGUAACGGGGAAAUGCUGAUUUGGGAUGGAAACAGUGAUGGCUUUAGUGAGGAAUCGGAGAGAUAUGACAUCAAAGAAUUUAUUGACGAUCUAAGGAAUUGCAAAGCAAAGCAAGUCACUGUUCUUGCAGAUCAAAGCUUUUCUUCUCUUCUUUUGGAAAAAUUCAGAUCUGCAAAACGUCAUUCGUCGCGUGGUACCCUAAAAAAUGUUGUGAUUGUCACGUCAACCAGUUCACACUCAACCAGCGGACGUUUUAUAGAGAAGUGGGUUCGUUAUUCACUGCCGAGACAGAAUAGGCAACGGUGUUUGAAGGAUGUGCUUCAGGAUAUUACAUCACUUUCCACCAAUCAGUUUGAAGUGGACUUUGACAGUUCUACUCGGGAACUUUUGGACCGUACCAUAUAUGGUGGGUCAUGUGACCAAAGUUUACGCGUCUCAAGAAAAAAGAUGGGAUGUCGUCUUUUAACACGAAGAGAACAAUUAAUGAACAGAGGUUAAUGAAAGCAUUUGGUAGCUAAUAAAAUAUUAACGUCGUGGGUCUUUCAGCCUAAAGAGGAGGAAUUGAGCUCAUUUUGAGCACAAAGUCAACUGUAUUUAAACAUAUUCGAUUGUGUCCAAGUAUUUUUGGGUGAAAUAUAUUUCUACUUAAGAUAAUGUAAAAAUUAUAUAUAGAUGAACAUGAUGUUAAAAUAGUUAUUAAUAUAGCCAAGCUUUGUUUAAAGUAAAUUUUGUGUGGUCAAGCUAUCAGAUGUGAUUGAGUUGAAGUAUUUAUAUUUAUAGCAUCAAUUUACUGUGUUACUAUUUUCCAUCUGUUUUCAUUUUUAUCAUGAAGACUUUAUAGCAACAAAACUUUUUUCAAAGAUUCUUGUAUUCUUAGUGACUUGAAAAAUAUAUAAUUUAUUUUAAGAAAAA